CCUACUGUUGUCUCGUUCUCCUUUGAUGUGGGGAACGGUCCAGUAGAGUUGGCCGUCCAUUCAGCCACGCCCCUCAACGAUGACCAAUGGCAUCGUGUGAUGGCGGAGCGGAACGUGAAGGAGGCGGUGCUACAGCUGGAUCUGAACUAUAGGGAAGCUCUUCCAGCCGCUCCACAAGGACACACACGGCUAGAGCUGUUUAGUCAGCUUUAUGUGGGUAAGGGAAAGAUAGAGAGACACACACACACCAACAGAAAAAUACUACAAUACUGUACUACAUUUUCAUUUCAUUCAACAAUUGUGCUGAUAUUUUUUACUUUGCAAAAUGUAAUAAGUUGGCGAUAUAGUUUGUGUCAGUAUAACAUUAUUAAUAGCCACAGUUUCUUUAUGUUUCCCUGAGUAGGUUCUCUGAAGCUUAGACACGACUGAUGAUAAUGAAGAUAAGCGCUUAAGGUUUAAUCAGACAUCACACUGUUUCUCACGCACACACGGCUGAUGUUAACAAAGUGAAAGAAUUAUGUGAGUAAAAACUAACCUAAUUCACUUAGCCCAGACUCUUUGUCUUGAUGACUGUGUUAGAGUAUUAACAGUUGCAGAGGAUUAAGACUUUUCAACCGCACACAGAGACAAUGGAUUAAGACUUUUCAACCGCACACAGACAAUGGAUGAAGUCCUCACUGUGAUAUUCUGAUUGUUUCCUCCAAUCCCUCUCUUCUCGACACAAUGACUGUGAAGGUCAUUAGGAGCAGAGGGGAACAGAAAUUAAAGAGCUGAAUGGCUGGUCUUUAUCUUUUCCUGUCACUCCUCUAGCUUAGCCUGCUUUGUGUGGCUGCUGACUUGCCAAUACUUUAACACUGACGACAGGGAUGAAACUGGAUUUAGGAUGGAGGGAAAAACUGCUGAGCUUGAAUUAAAUUAUCUUUCCUUCUUUCGCUCUCUGACUCUGAAAAGUUUUUUUGCUCUGAGACACUUCUCAAUUCAAAUCAGACAUUCCAAAGUCUGAUAGUUCUGAAUUCCAAUAAGACAUUCCAAAUUCCAUCAUCUCAUCAAUUUUUGGCGGAUUGGAUGGAAGAACAUUAUCACACUGCAGCUUCCUGAAUUGCCAGAGGGGAUUAAUAAAGUUGUAUUGAAUUUAAUCGAAUUAAAGUAAAUAGAAUCGAUCCUUAUAUGCCACCGUUAACCAUACAGGCACAUAUUGAUUUGUGAUGGGAAACUUUAAUAACAGCUCAUAAAGACAUACAACUCACAGUCCCCUAUCUUAUCUGCAUGCAUAGUAGGUUUCAGGGGAACCAACUCGCUGAAUAACCCCUCGGGGAUCAAUCUAUCAAUCUAAUUGACAUCAGAUCAUCAACUAAACACAAUCAGUUCUUCCAUCACCUCCAUACAGCCAUGGGACCUAUUAGUUUAUGUUGGAUCAGAGAGGAGCGCUAUAAAACUCCUGACUGUGUGCCUCUCUAGCAGAUCAUCAGCAUGUGUCAGAGCAGCGAGGGUAUUUGCCUGGUCGGGGGAAAUUUAAUCGGGCUCAGAUGGGAUCUACAGUGAUUUGUAUUCUAAAACUGGUGUCUAAACACAGAGGCACAGGGAAGAAAACACCCGGAUAUCUCACACAGGUGGUGCCUACACGAUUUGGGUUAUUUAUGUGUUAUAUUAUUUGGUAAUAUGUCAUAUUUUAAAUGUUGAUAUUAUAUUCCAUUAUUUCAUAUAUUUUCUGCAUGUUUUUCAUAUCUUUCCUUUUUUCUUUGUUUUUCUUUUGGUCACUGCAUGUGUGUGUGUGUGUGUGUGACACGGUGUUUGUCAUGAAACUGUCACAGGGAAGCCUGCUUCGUUGACCUGCAAAGACAGUAGGUAACAUUCAUGUGUAAAUAUACUGAACAAAAGUAUAAACGCAACAUGUAAAGUGUUGGUCCCAUGUUUCAUGAGCUGAAAUAAAAGGAUCCCAGAAAUGUGUCAUAUGCACAAAAAGCUUAUUUCUCUCAAAUUUUGUGCACAAAUGAGUUUACAUCACUUUUAUGAGCAUUUCUCCUUUGCCAAGAUAAUCCAUCCACCUGACAGGUGUGGCAUAUCAAGAAGCUAAUUAAACAGCAUGAUCAUUACACAGGUGCACCUUGUGCUGGGGACAAUAAAAGGCCAAUAUAAUGUUCAUUUCUCGACCAUAAGCCGCCUCCAACGCCGUUUUAGAGAAUUUGGCAGUAUGUCCAACCGGCCAGCACAGCCCAGGACCUCCACAUCCGGCUUCUUCACCUGUGGGAUCGUCUGAGACUAGCCACCGAGACAGCUGAUGAAACUGAGGAGUAUUUCUGUCUGUAACAAAGCCCUUUUGUGGGGAAAAACUCAUUCUGAUUGGCUGGGCCUGGCUCCCCAGUGGGUGGGCCUGGUCCCAAGUUAUUUCACCAGAUUAGGGCCUAAUGAAUUUAUCUCAAUUGAGUGAUUUCCGUCGAUGAACUGUAACUCAGUAAAAUCAAUGAAAUUGUUGCAUGUUGCGUUUAUAUGUUUGUUCAGUAUAGAAACAGAUAUAUAAUAUACAUACAGUGGCUUGCGAAAGUAUUCACCCCCCUUGGCAUUUUUCCUAUUUUGUUGCCUUACAACCUGGAAUUAAAAUCUAUUUUGGGGGGGUUUGUAUCAUUUGAUUUACACAACAUGCCUGCCACUUUGAAGAUGCAAAAUAUUUUUUUGGGGUGAAACAAACAAGAUAUAAGACAAAAAAACAGAAAACUUGAGCAUGCAUAACUAUUCACCCCCCCCCCCCCCCCCCCCCCCCCAAAGUCAAUACUUUGUAGAGCCACCUUUUGCAGCAAUUACAGCUGCAAGUCUCUUGGGGUCUGUAUAAGCUUGGCACAUCUAGCCACUGGGAUUUUUGCCCAUUCUUCAAGGCAAAACUGCUCCAGCUCCUUCAAGUUGGAUGGGUUUGACUGGGCCAUUCCAAUACAUUUAAAUGUUUCCCCUUAAACCACUCGGGUGUUGUUUUAACAGUAUGCUUAGGGUCAUUGUACUGCUGGAAGGUGAACGUCCGUCCCAGUCUCAAAUCUCUGGAAGACUGAAACAGGUUUCCCUCAAGAAUUUCCCUGUAUUUAGCGCCAUCCAUCAUUCCUUCAAUUCUGACCAGUUUCCCAGUCCCUGCCGAUGAAAAACAUGGUGUUCUCGGGGUGAUGAGAGGUGUUGGGUUUGCGCCAGACAUAACGUUUUCCUUGAUGGCCAAAAAGCUAAAUUUUAGUCUCAUCUGACCAGAGUACCUUCUUCCAUAUGUUUGGGGAGUCUCCCACAUGGCUUAUUUUUUUCUUUAAGCAAUGGCUUUUUUCUGGCCACUCUUCCGUAAAGCCCAGCUCUGUGGACUGUACGGCUUAAAGUGGUCCUAUGGACAGAUACUCCAAUCUUCGCUGUGGAGCUUUGCAGCUCCUUCAGGGUUAUCUUUGGUCUCUUUGUUGCUUCUAUGAUUAAUGCCCUCCUUGCCUGGUCCGUGAGUUUUGGUGGGUGCCCCUCUCUUGGCAGGUUUGUUGUGGUGCCAUAUUCUUUACAUUUUUUAAUAAUGGAUUUAAUGGUGCUCCGUGGGAUGUUCAAAGUGUCUGAUUUUUUUUAUAACCCAAACCUGAUCUGUACUUCUCCACAACUUUGUCCCUGACCUGUUUGGAGAGCUCCUUGGUCUUCAUGGUGCCGCUUGCUUGGUGGUGCCCCUUGCUUGGUGGUGCCCCUUGCUUAGUGGUGUUGCAGACUCUGGGGCCUUUCAGAACAGGUGUAUAUAUAUUGAGAUCAUGUGACAGAUCAUGUGAUAAUUAGAUUGCACACAGGUGGACUUUAUUUAACUAAUUAUGUGACUUCUGAAGGUAAUUGGUUGCACAAUAUCUUAUUUAGGGGCUUCAUAGCAAAGGGGGUGAAUAUAUAUGCACGCACCACUUUUACAUUAUACAUUUUUUUAUACAUUUUUUAACAAAUAAUUUUUUUCAUUUCACUUCACCAAUUUGGGCUAUUUUGUGUAUGUCCAUUACAUGAAAUCCAAAUAAAAAUCAAUUUAAAUUACAGGUUGUAAUGCAACAAAAUAGGAAAAACGCGAAGGGGGAUGAAUACUUUUGCAAGGCACUGUAGAUAUAGUAGAUAGAUGACUUUCAGUUUAUGUCCCUGCAGUCUUUUCCCUUUCAUGCAAGGCCACUGGUCUGUGUCCAUGCUGCUAAUAUCUCUCUUGGCCUUGCUAUGCACUGCGUGGCUCAGAGAGGGAAGGUAUUCUACUGGAUAGUUUGUGUGUGUGUGUGUGUGUGUGUGUGUGUGUGUGUGUGUGUGUGUGUGUGUGUGUGUGUGUGUGUGUGUGUGUGUGUGUGUGUUGUGUGUGUGUGUGUGUGUGUGUGUGUGUGUGUGUGUGUGUGUGUGUGGUGUGUGUGUGGUGUGUGUGUGUGUGUGUGUGUGGUGUGUGUGUGUGUGUGUGUGUGUGUGUGUGUGUGUGUGUGUGUGUGUGUGUGUGUGUGUGUGUGUGUGUGUGUGUGGGUGGGUGGGUGUGUGUGUGAGAGAGAAUGGGGGUAUCCCUCUAGGCAAUGCUAUCCUAAUGAAUAUAAUAUGCUAGUUCAUUAGCACAUCAUUACAGAGUAAUUUACCUUAUGGAGGCAGACAGAGAGAGGUCAGGAGUGCACCACACACAAACACACACUAGCACACGACAUGAGGGGUGGGCAACUCCAGUCCAGGAGGGCCACAAUGUCUUCCUGAUGUAAAUCUGGCUAAAUGGGUGUUGAUAUCUUAAGCCAAUAAGCCACACUAAUUGAUCAAUUAAGUGCCAAGGUGAAGUUAAAUAGGGCUGGAGCGCCUCUCCUCUGGCCUGUUAAAUCACUGCGACCAUCAACAGUCAUAUAUACCCCCAGCUCAACCUCAAGGGAAAUUAUCUCUAUUCCUAUUUCAAAAUUCAUCUUAUCUCCCUCACGACGCCAGGACAGCGGAGUCACUCACCACCUUCCGGAGACAUUUGAAACCCCACCUCUUUAAGGAAUACCUGGGAUAGGAUAAAGUAAUCCUUCUACCCCCCCUUACCCCAACCCACCGCCCCCCCCCCCAAAUUUUUUUUAUUUAAAUUUGUAAAGUGGUUAUCCCACUGGCUAUAAGGUGAAUGCACCUAUUUGUAAGUCGCUCUGGAUAAGAGCGUCUGCUAAAUGACGUAAAUGUAAAUGUAAAUCUCUCUGUGUUCUUUCUCUCUCUUCUCUCUCUCUUCUCUCUCUCGCUGUCUGUAGGUGCAGCAGGGGGUCAGAGGGGGUUUCUGGGAUGCAUCCGCUCCCUCAGGAUGAAUGGUGUGACACUUGACCUUGAAGAGAGGGCCAAGGUGACGAUUGGUUGA